UGAAGCUAAAGUAAAAGCUGUCAGUCAGAUAAAUUAAUUAAUUAAUACUUUUUAAUGUAAACAAUUAUUCUCAAGACGAAAGACUGUAUCUGCUGAUCUGUCGUGGUAGUUUAAUUUAUAGUGACGCGUUUAAAUGUAGAUUGAUCCACCAACCGGGCCCCGAGAGAAUUCAUUUAUUCACAAAGGAAUCGAGGCAAUUACGCUCAAAGAUUUCGAUGUUGUUUCGACUAACUACCGAACGCCGGCGACAGCCUGAAUACGAAUUGUCCGACACGCCCGUCUAAUACAACUAACAAUACAUUCCGCAACUUGGUCAAAUUUCCCUUAGAAUCGGGUAAAUUCGUGUUGGCAUUUCUAUAUUAUGUUAAAGGAAGCACCCCCGAUGGUCGACGAGCGAAAACUCCAAGGACAUUUCAACAACUCACGGAGUUUUGUAGCUUUCUUGUUAGGUCAAAAAGUUGGGUUUGCUUUAUACGAGCACUCGUAUUACGACGGCUUUGUUACCCGAAACUGGAAACUAAGCCCCUUGGGAUAUAAUUUCGCUGCAACAUUUCUAGAGCUAGUAAAAUUUAACAAGGUCCAUAUAAGAGUAAUAAGAUGUCUACGGUUUUUUGUCACAACUUUCUUUAUGAAGGGCUUUCAGGGUACUAUAGACGAAGUUAAUAAGCGCCUACAAAUAAUGUAAUCGCAAUGCGGCAUGAUGUGAGUACAAUAAGGUUAUAAUAUUUGUCUAUUAUUAUAUUAGUCUCUUUAAUCGCAGUAGCGGACGGUCAAAAAAAAAUUAAAUGCCAAAAUUGACAGUUACGUAACAAAUGGAAUAUCAAUUUUUACUUUUAUAUGGUAUUGUUUAUUUGAAAUAGUUAAAAGCGGUAGUGCAAUAAAAAUGGCAGCUAUUCCGAGUAACCAAUUUCCUACAAAGCGCGAGCUGCCGAAACUGAUGGCAUGUAUGACUAAAACUAGUUUGGAAAAUAUGAGGAACAAGGUUAUUUAUGCCAUGGACGCGCUGGACUCGAAGGCAGUAAGGAGGCGUAAGUUACCGCUACACGAGUGCCUGAUUUUGGAGCUAAGAGAAGCGGGAUAUCGCGAAGCUUCCGACUACAUACAAGACCUUCUGUACGACAACAUGCAAUUAGUCAUGGAAGAUGAUAUCGGCAUUAUAAUCGAUCUUACCAAUAGACCCGAUUAUCUGGAACAUAUUUGUGGCGAGCUACAGAAAGCUGAAAAAGAACGGGAUAAAGGAAACUCCAAAAGUGAAGCCCUGUAUUUAUUGGGCCUAGCAAUGUGCUACGCUGAAAAGGGAAAGGGGAUACUUUGGUUGGCGGAAAAAUUCUACAUGGCAUCUAUUGCUGUGGCCAGCCAGUAUUUGGUGGACGGCGGACGGCAAAAAGGAUGCUGCAAAUAUCAUUACGCGAAAUUUUUGCUUGACAAGUUUCCAGGAGUUGAUCAAGAUGAGCCUUUUCAAAUUUUGACUCAAGUUCGGGAUUCUGCUAUUGGAAAGCCAUGGCUCCUUCACGAGCCUGCAGAAGGCGAUCAGAAAGAACAAUCAAAUGAGACACUGUUUAAAGCAACAGCACUGCAACUGCACAGAGUUUUGAUCAGCCAAGCACGAACAGUUCGCAAGCACGAUCCGGGGAAGGCAGAACGGCUAUCUCGCUUGGCUGAACGGCGCGCCGUAGACGCUGAAGAAACGGAUAAAACUGCGGACGCCAUAAUCGAAAUCGGAAUUUGUCAGUUGGCUAUCAACAACUUGAACAAUGCCCAGAAGACGUUUGAACGUGCGUUCAAGAUCCACACCGAGAGCAGCAACAUCAAGGGCAUAUGCGAUUGUAAAAUGCACAUGGCGGCUGUUAUGCAAAAAUUAGGUGAUCACGAGACGGCAGCCAAGCUGCUCACGGAGAUGGGCAGCCUGGCGAUGGAGCACGGCCUCCGACUGCAGCUCGGCCGCGCGCUGCACCUCAUAGGAGAGCUGCAUCUCAGGCGAGAACGACCCGAGCUGGGUACCCAACACUUGAAGGAAGCAUUCGCCUGCUUUAUGGGAUUCAAUUGGCAAUAUCCCGGUGCACAGGCAUCACUGGAUAUGGGUAACAUUGGAAGUGAGUUGGGGAUAAUUUUUGAGAAGAAAACAGAGGUUUAUGAGGAGGAAGCGGAACAAUCAAGAUUAAUGAUGGCGAUAUCCUCAGGUCAAGAGAAGAUGGCGUCAUAUUUCGGUAUGCUAAAGGAAGCCAAGGACUGCACGAUAGCUAAAAUGAAAAUCAUUGAAUGGAAGCUGUCACUUGCUCCUUGGUGGAUGAAGAGAACACACCAUAACUUUUUACCCUGUCCGUGCUCACAGCAUCGCAGAACACCAUUGGACGUGUUAAGAACAAAGUUGGAGUUUGAACGGAAACAAAUGGAGAUGCAGUCAAGAGAGGACACUCUGCAGAGAAAUAAAAGUGCUCAGCAAUUGACAAGUGAAAAUGUUUUAUAGAGCAAAUAUUUGUUUCCUGAGACAAAUCAGGCUGUAAUAAGGUAAAUAAAUCAUACGAUUAUAUUUUUC